UGUGGUGAAAAUACCCCAGGUAUUUCCCACAAAGACACAAGGACACAUUGGCUUUCUGUCUCUCUCACUGCAAUUCCCUUCCCCCCCACAGGUGUUGUCAAGACCCAUGACUUGCCAUUCCAGGAGUGUGAAUCCCUGCAGGCUGACUUUGACACAGGCCAGUGCACCCAUGCCCUGCGUGCCUCUCCCAGGCUGUUAGCUGAUGCUGUGGUGCAUUUCCCACUGACUUUGGCUGAGGUGACUCUGGCUGCCAGCCCUGCUGGGAAAGUGAGCUUGCGCAGUUACCUGGAAGAAGAGAUGGAGGUGAGCCGGGCGAUGGUGACAGAGCUGUGCCUGAAUGAGGACGAGUUCCAGGCUUUCCACAUUAAGCAAGAGGCACAAAUCACUUUCUGCCUCAAGGAAUUCCGAGGUCUUCUGAGUUUUGCUGAAUCAUCAAAUCUUCCCCUUAACAUCCACUUUGACUCACCAGGCAGGCCAGCUAUCUUUACUAUGGAAGAUGCUGUGCUCGAAGUGCACCUAGUCUUAGCCACACUUGAAGAGCCAGAGAGCUCCAGUUCCGAAAUCAGCUCCUGCACUCCCAAGCCCCUUGCCCCUGCGUAUGACUUCACUAAUGAUGACAUUGAUGACUACAUGAUAGCCAUGGAAACGACAUGUGGUGGCCCAGCGGGGACAGAACCACCCUGCAGCCCCACCUUCCCCAUGAGGCACACCAAUUCAGAGGCAGAAGAGUCAGCCUGUGAUCACGAGGAGACUGUUCCUGGCACACCACCGCAAAAGAGGUUCCGGUCCCUGUUCUUUGGGUCAGUCCUGAGCCAAUCACAGUCCUUGGCCAACUCACGCUCCAGCCAAGAUGUGCUGGCAGAAGAUAGCGAGGAAGAAUCAUGAGAAACUGCCCCCACUCCCUUUCCUGUGAGAUGUAACUGAACUGUUCCCGCUAGCAAGGAGAGGUGUUUCUGUCUCGAUGGAUUCUCUUCUGGCUCACUGCCCAAUCAAAGUUCUCCCUCUUAUAAUGCAUUUUAUUAAACUGAAUGACUACCUUGUGUA